AUGAAUCCAAAUUAUAGUGACCAUCAGUAUUAUGCUGGUAAUAAUUCAAGAAAGUUACCAAAACCUACUUCUUCAGGUACUUUGGGAAGUAAUACAGCUGAACAACCAGCUUUUCAGCAACAAUAUAAUAAUUACUCAAUAAAUAAUUAUGGUUCUCAACAGUAUCCUCAACAGCCCUAUCAAAACAGUUACUAUAACUAUCAACAGGUUAAUGGUUAUCAGAAUUAUGAUACUAGAAAUCAUAUGUAUUAUCAGCAACAACAUCAGAAUGUCCAACAAUAUCAAGUGAACAAUAUCAAUGGUUCAUUAAAUUAUAAUCAAGGUUUGGACAAUUCAGCUAUGUAUGUCAAUGGUACACAUAACAUCCCUAAUCCAAAUACUGGAUAUAAACCAGUUGAAAGUUACGUUGAUGUUAACAAAGAUGGAUAUUUGUUAUCUAUAGAGAAUCAAGAGAAAUCAUCAGGAAAUCCUACUACUGACCAGGAAGAAAAUCCUACUAAGAGAAAAUCAAGUAAUGGACCAGUAUUAGAAUCAAAAAGAGCUAAACAUGAGAUGGCAGAUCAAAAUAUCCUCCCUUCAAAUAAUAAUUAUGAAGAAACUUGCCCAAAAGAUGAAUCCAACGAUAAGCGUAUCACUGAUGAAGAAUCUGAAGAGAGCCUUUCAGAUAAUGAAUCUGAUACUAAUAAGAUAGAAAAUACCGGCUCAUUAAAUAAAGAUGAAGAUUCAACACUACUUUCUGAAAAUGGAUCAAACAAUGUAGUCCCUGUUCAUGGAACCUCCAUCACUUUGGUUACUGAAGAAGAAAUAGCUAAAUGGAGAGAAGAAAGAAAGAUGAUGUGGUUAUUAAAGAUCUCUAAUAACAAGAGACAGCAUAUGGACAAGAUGGGUAUUAAAGAAGAUGAAUUAAAAGAAAGGAAAAACGUUUUGCAUGAGGCAAAAAAGCAAAAACAAUUUAUCCAGAACAUUCAAAAUCAAUUGACAAGGUUUAAUCCCAAGGUAAAUUUAAAUGUCAAAAUCCUUCAAAGAGAAAUGGCAAAAGAAAAUGAAAAAUUGCUAAAAUUCAUACAAGAGUUAGGUGAUGCUAAUUUAUUAGAUUAUGAAUUGAAUGACGAGGAAAAGGAAAAGUUAUUUGGAGGUAACGACAAUGAAUCAACAAGAAGAGGGAAUGGAUUUAACCAAAGGAAUAAAUCAAGGAAUUUCAAUCGUAACAACAAUACUGUUUCCAGAUACAAUCAGAAAAGGGAAACUAAUAAGGAACCAAGUAUACCAUAA